AUGGAGCGGCAGUGGAAGUCCAAAUCUGAAUUCUCUAUUUCCAGAAACCAUGGCGACCGUUUGUAUGGCGUGUAUAAAUCACCGUUUUUUUAUUUUCCAGAAAAGUCAACUAGUGCUUUUGUUACAACGAUGCUUGAUUCAAGUCACCAUCAAAACGACGCGGAUAAUGGAAUUCCUGAUAUCAGGGAUACGGGGAAUAGGAAGAAAUACGAAACGCAGGAUGGUUUUGAAACUGGAAGCAGUUUUGAGGACAAAUUUAAUAGUUGUGUCGGUAUUAAGACAUUUCAUACACAGACUUCAAGGCACGCUGAGCCCGAAGUAAAUGCCUUGGAUUACAGCGAAGGUUGGCAGGAAAGACUUUUGGAAAAAGCCAAGGAAAUGAAAGCGAAACACUUGGCAAGGAAACGAAAAGUUUUGCAGAAACGACUGGUCGAUGAACAAACAUUAGAGGAGAAGCGGUGUCUAGUGGAACUGUAUGGAUCAACAGGAACCCGUAGGAAUAAAAGUAACAAACAUGAGGGGAUUAAUUGGGAUAAUAAUGGGUCUUGGUUGAUGGGUAGUGAUUAUGAGUCACCUACGGGGUCACUACACAAAGAUAUAGGUAUGGGGAUUUAUAUGGAUAACCAUGAAUCUCAGAGAGUUGAUGGGGAUACCGGUUAUGGAUAUCCAGGAAUUAACACGGAUAAAAGGCAUGUAUCUUAUGGGAUCGACAUAGAAGAUCGACAUAAGGAAGACAGGACUAACAUGGAUAAUCAUGGAUAUCAAGCUACACAAUCUGACGGAAAAGAUUUAAAGCGUGUAGGGUCAAGUUAUGAGAAUUUUAGAAACAAUCCCGUCAUUAUUCAACCCUAUCGUUUGGAGAAAUUUAACUCAACGAAAGACGAAAUCUUGCUUCAAAGACUUAACCUUGACCUCGACGCUGCAGACUUGCCUGAUCAACUGCGAGAACUCAUACCCAGACCUAAAUCUGCGCCGUCGAUUCCUAGCAAGUGUCGGAAGUAUGUGUUGGUCGCCACCGACUCGGAGACCACGUCAUGUGAUCGACCAGCACCCACCGCGCUCGAAGAAAUGUUAAUGUCACAAAGAUUUCCAAAGUCCAACUUGGGGCAGCUUAGAUCAAGGAGUUGUUCACCGCUUAUUUCCGAGAUAAGGCGACCGUAUUCUAUUCAGAAAAUGCAGAAUGUUAAUAUGUCAUGUAAAUAA